UAAUGUUAGGUUCGGCCCGCCCCAUUUAGUAUGCAUAUUCUCAGGGACAAUGCCGCCCAUUUGCGAUGCGCAGUAACACACAAAGACCUGUCGGGAUACCUGAGGUAAUUGUUCCCUCAGGUAUUCACUGUGUCCGGACAAUAUGGCGGGGCGCAAGUCGUCGUACAGUUUUGACAAGAUCGCGGAGAGAUGGCCGACGUACUCUGUCCACUACCUCGGGCGGGCGCAGGCGAAGGGGGAGGCCGGGCGAGAAUACAUCCAGGAGCCGCUGGAGUUACUCCUUCGUCAACAGAAGGGGAAGAAGCCCGAGAAAGUGCUGGUAGAAGUGUCGAGCGCGGGCAUAUUUAUGGAAAAGGCCAGAGGGAUGUUCAAGCGGAAAAGGGUUCAUCUUGCCAUAGACUCGAUCACGUACGGAGUGGAGGACAGUUUCCACGGACGUGUCUUUGCCGUCAUCACGACAAACAAUUCUCACAAGUCCAUGUACUGCCACGCGUUUCUGUGCGACACGAAGGACACUGCUAAGGACAUGAAGUACUGGCUGGGACGGUCUUUCCGGAUGGCCUACCAAGACUUGGCGGAUGUAAACCUACAAGACGGGCCUGACUACGCCUGGGCCAACGGUGACAUCGGGGCGGGCAGCAUGGGCUCUGUACGGGCCCCUAGGAGAGGGGGUAAGGCGGCUAUCAUUGGAACUCAGCCACAGCAGAACGGAAUAAUCUCGGAUAAGUCACCGUAUCCGACUCCUGUACAGCCGCAGCCUCAGGGCGGAGAGCGCCCACAACCGCCGGCUAGAGCACCGAGCACUGUCAUCACGCAUCAGGUGCCGAACGGACGUUCCUCUCCUGGGCCGCAAAGGGUUCGGCGUCCCGCGCCAGCCCCUCCUGCCGCACAGGCUGUACCCUCGAACACAACUCCACAGCUAGCACCAGCAGAACCGAUCUACUCACAGGUAAACAAGGCGGCGAAGACACAGAAACCUGGGAACACGCCUGUGGCUACUUCCCAAACUGGAACCCAAGAUAACAGUAAUCCCUCGUCUACCAAAAGGGUAACACGUCGCACGGUUGCAACUCAGACUUUGUUCACUUUCUUCGGAUAUCCCACGUUCACGGGAGAAGCCGUCACCACGGCCAUGCCAAACGGGGACGUCCAGCCGGUCGUGAAUGGUAACUCCGGCAGGACAAGUCCUCAUGUUUACCGCCGACAGCCUUCCCAACAGUCGAACGGGAACCCAGUCCGAACGAGCCCGAACGCUUACCGGAGGAUGCCGCCUGCACCGCAGCCGAUAAUAAACGGAAGCUCGGGCAGAUCUAGUCCGAACGCAUACCGAAGGACACCGCCAGCACCCCAGCUGAACGGAAGCCAGGGUAGGACAAGCCCGAACCUGUACAAAAGGGCGCCGCCGUCACCACAGCUAGGAACACCGAACGCUAACAACUACCCGAGAGCACGUACGGCAUCACAAAACGAGUCAGGAUUCAGGCCCAUCGCGAGGAAGGUGAACAGGCAACGGUCCAAUUCGUACGACAACAUCGUGUACUUGCCUGCGUCGGGGUCAAAUUUCUCAGUUCCCAACGUUCAGCCAAAUAACCAACAGAUUCCACAAACGGCCAACCACGUUCCAAGUGCACAAGAUGGCGUUCAGGUGACCAACGGUUCACGGGCAGCCCCUUCUUUUAGACAAGAAGAGGAGCCACCUCUCCAUAACCCGAAGUUUAGCAUCACCGGUGUAACGACGAUUAAAAGAGAAGAAGAGCAGAGGGCUGAGAAGAACUCCAAUAACACUGCACCAGCACAAACCAAGGGACUAACAGUCCCGCAAUACGAUAAAAGAAACUCCUUAGCGGACAGCGAGUCUGGUUACGAAUGUAUCAAUUUUGGCGUGCCGAAAGCCCCAGGUGCUGAUGAUGUGGAUGUCACCACUAACUCCAACGGCAGACCAACCGUAAACGUUGGAGCCGUAAGUUACGAGAUUCCCAAGGUGGCACCCCCACCAUUGCCAGCAAGGAACUCCACCAAGUCAGCAGACAGAAACACUGUCAACGGCAUCAAGCCUCUUAAGUCAGCUCUUAAGAAGCCGAGCACGUCCAGAGAUGACCAGGAUGUUCAAGAGAAGCAACUGGUCAUUGUUGAGGACAAAGCCAAGCGAAAAGGACUACUCGGUGGGACCUUGCCGAAGUCCUUCCGCGUCACCUUCUCCGACACUGAAGCAAAAUCCGUUGUGUUUGAUGAACGACUGUAAACAGAGAUUUAAAUUUUUUACAUUUUCAGAUAUACCAGCUGUCAAAAAUUACCAGAGAUAUAUGGAAAGACACGUGAUUAUGAGACAAGGACAAGGACUAGGACUAUUUCAGGACGAGGUCAAAACAAACGACGUUUAAACGCCAUUUCCUGUGUACUUAGAAUACCUACCACACUGGUAAGUGAAGCAGCAAAUUAAAUGUAGAUUUUACAGUAGACAUCAGUACCAAUGGUUACCUGUUGCACUCCUAUUGGACUUACUAAGUUUGCUUAAUAACAGUGUUGUGAUUUGUGAUAUUGUGUAUAGCUUUAAAUAUGUUAUUUGUUCAGUGCAUUCUCUUAAUCUUAUGUCUGCCAGACAAUGUAAUGUAUAUGAAAAUAUUAUCCACUAGGUGCUAUCAGAGUUGUCACCGAUAAAUACGGAACAUAUCAUAGUCAGAAUGUCAAUAUUUCUAUUCGCGUGGGUUCAAACAGUAACUGUUUGAUUACAAAAUACACCGUUUUUCUCCAUUUGUUUGGUUGUUUGAGGCUUUUCUUACAAAUGCAACAAGUCCAUUGUUUAUGUUCAAGGUAACCAACCAGAACAAGAAUGUCUUGAAGAGACUUGUUGCACAUCGCAACGCCCAAUGAACCAGAAAAGGCUCAUACCUGUACUGUAAAGCCUUACACUUUAUGUUCGCCAUGAUAGUUUGACAGGGGUUGUUAAUUCUGAUAGGCUAGAGUAGGUACAGAGCAUUCUUUCUCUUGCUGUGCUAAACCAAGCGUUACAGAUGUCCCCAAACAAGCCACGUAUUGCCUGGAAGGUAUGACAACAAAGCCCGUGAUGACCUGCUCGCCCCCAAAAGAAUGACACAAACAAUACCGAACAGGUCGUUCCACCUUGCCAUUAGAAAAUGCCGCUCUUCAAAGACGUUGCCACCCGAUCAAAUCGCGCCAACUGUCCGCUGUUAAAUUGGAGGUAAAAUCACCGGAUUCUCUUCAACCUUUGUUGUGUAUUUUUGUUACAAUUCGCACGUUUUCCAAACACAUGGCUCGCAAAGUAUCCACAAAAAAUCGCUGUUUAUAAACGACACCACCAACGUAACCGUCCAAGUUAAGAUUCACUGUUGAAUGUCGAGUGAAAUAACCAGAUUCCGUACAGAUUUUUUUUCUGUUUGUUUAACCAAUUAUCGUACAUUCCGGUCAAUGAGUUGUCAGAGUCUCUGUGGUUUAAGUCCAGGUCGCGACAGUCAUUAUCGCGUGUAAGGCAAAAAUGAUUUAAUCCAUAACACACUUGACAAAAGCCAGACCUUCCAAGUACGUCGUCAGAAGUAACGAUUCACGGAAAAAGUUUGGAUUGAUGUCAAAGGAAUGUGUUCUUUUUGUUGACGUUACAUGAAAUGUCAGGAGAGGUUAAGGACCUCCAAUUUGAAUGGCGAGGUUAUAGAUAAUUGUACUAGAUUUAGCCUACACGACUAAAAUAAGCCAAUUAACGAGAGAGUAUCGGUGAAAAUACGUGGCUAAAUGCUUCUUUUGACUUUUAAAGAGAACGAAAUAAGCUGAAAAUCCCUGAAAAUGUGUUAACAACCUAUUAUAAAAGCUCCUUGGUUAUGUAAGAGCCAUAAUAAUGGCGUGUUCUCAAAUGGUAGGAUACAAUAGUGGCGCCAGCUGAAACUAACUAACUACCCCCCCCCCCCCUUACGUCGUGCCAAAGAUAUACUUAUAUAAUACCUAAUAUCUUAGUUGUUAGUCUUCCUUAUGCACUGUAAUGCGUUAGUCUUUAACAUGUUUGCUGUUGUAGAUCUUAAUUUGCUCUACGGAGAUGGUAAAAAUGAUUACUUCCUUUGUUGGAAUUGUUGUCAAUACGAUUUUAUCUGUAUGAUGUAAAAAUAUUUCAUGAAUAAUAAGAAGUGACACGGCGAUCAUAUUAUCGUAUUUGAAGGAUACAAUGUCCCAAAUUGGCUGUGAUUGACAGUAUAGUCCUUUGUAUAUAUAUAUAUAAUACGGACAUGUGAUGAAGAUGUUACCAGAAAAGGGGUCGUCCGCGAUCCGCUUGAGAUAUACAUGUGUAACAAAAUUCACUGUAGAUAUUAUGGAAUUUUGAUAUGGGCUAAUUCUGCGAAACUUGUGGGUGCUUAUAAUUCUGCUAAUAAUGCACACUAGUGUCAUAUAAUCCACGUGCCUUUGUUGUAAAGCACGUUUUGACUUGCUUAACUACAAACACAUUUAAGGGGACAGAAAAUCAUAUAUCCAUAGAUGAUAUGUUUUCAUGAGUUUCAUGUUACCUAUUUGCGGUCCCACAAUCAAUCAUAGGAAAAUCAAAUUGGAAUCGGUCUAUUAUGUUUCUUCAAAGGCACGGACGAUUGCGGCAUAGCGUACAUAUUAACUACAUUUUACUUGUAUCAUAUUGUAUAUAGAUACAUAUAUUUUAAGCAAAAAUCUGGCUAUCCAGUUUAUCCAUAUUGUACAGAUAUACAUGAUAGUAAAGGUAUGUGAAUUGACAUACAUUUUACUGGUGUACAUUGACCAUAAUUAAAAUAUAUUCAGACUA